CACUCGUCGUGCACUCGUCUUACCUUACGUCUGUCAAAGUCAAUAACAUUAACACUAUCUCUUCUCCGAUAGCUGGGUCAUCUUUUUAAUGGAAAAUAAUGCCAGUGAAGGUUGAUAUUACUCCUCCACCGCCAGCAAACUCAAAACAACCUGGCGUUACGAAAUCUCUUCUGUACAACGGUUCCAAAUUUCAAGGGCACCAGAAGUCUAAAGGAAAUUCUUAUGAGGUCGAAGUUGUGUUGCAGCAUGUCGACGAAGAAAAUUCAUACCUUUGUGGAUAUUUGAAAAUUAAAGGUCUAACAGAACAGUUUCCGACAUUAACGACGUUUUUCGAUGGAGAAAUUAUAUCAGCCAAAUAUCCGUUUCUAACGCGAAAGUGGGAUGCUGAUGAAGAUGUCGACAGAAAACACUGGAGUAAGUUCGACCUGUUUGUACCAUAUUUGAAGACAUUCAACUCUGACUCAUUUGAUUAUGAUUCUCUUGCAAAGGCUGAUUAUGUUUUUAUGAGGUGGAAAGAGCACUUUCUAGUGCCAGAUCAUACAAUAAAGGACAUAAAUGGUGCAUCAUUUGCUGGCUUUUACUAUAUAUGCUUCCACAAAUCUGCGGCCACUAUAGAAGGCUUUUAUUACCACAGAAGCUCUGAAUGGUUUCAAUCUCUGACAUUGAGUCAUGUCCCGGAAAACAGCAUCCAAAUUUAUGAAUUUAGAUGAAAUUACAGUAGCGACAUUGAUAUUUGGUUUGUUUCUGAUAGUACUUACAUGUUCUUUAAGUCAUAAUUUGAUUUGAUACCACCUGUUGACUUAACAAUUUGUGAGUUUCUUUGAAAGAACUCCAAUAAUGAUAAAUAUGAUAAAUUAUGAACAAUUAUAAUGUGGACUGUCCUUGCAUAUACUACUUGAUAUUUAACAUUGAUAAAUCUGUCUAUAAUAGUCAUUUAUGUUGCUCAGUGAAUAAGUUUUUUUAUUAUACAUAGAUAUGUUUAUGUUAAAUUAAUGUCAUUAAUAAAUUGGCUCAGAAAGUACCUUACAAUGAUUGUCAAUAAUACUAAUUUAAGUAUUUUUAUUAUUGUGAUAUUAUGUACAAAAUGUCUUGUUUGUAAGUAGGUUUAUGUUGUUUUUAUCUAUGUGUUUGACAUCUCAAGUGUUCCUUUGAUUUUAAGUUACCCAUUUCAUGUUGUGUAUUGUAUAUGAGUUGAGUAAGUAUGUGCAAGAACAGGGUAUGUGGUUUGUUUGAACAAGUUAAUAUAUUAUUAUUAUUAUUUUGACUCGAUACUUGUAGUUAAACAGUGUUAAUAAGAAAAAUUUAAUAUUUUUUUUCAAUAAAAUCUGGAAUGUAAA